CAACAGCAACAGCCGCAUAAGAAAUAGUUUUUCCAGUGCAAAAACCAAAUGCCCAUUAUAUAAAUCAUCAUAAUCAUAAUCAACGAAAAAGUAUAAAAAAUUGUGUUACAAUAUCAACGUCGAGCACAUGCAAAUGCGUCAAGUGCUUUUUGCAGAUUCACUCAACGCAACUUAAAUCAAUUCAAUUCAAUUCAACGCGGUGUGGAUAGCAGUCUCUUUUUGACGGACUUGACGACUUUCCUUUGGCCAACAAAACUAAGCCAUGUGCCUGCUGCCAUAAACAAAGUCACGCUUCCUAAUUGAAAAGUGCCAGCUAAAUGGACGCGUAGCACGCGGCAAACUCAAAGUCCGAGUGAGUGAGAGAGAGAGAGAGAGAGGGAAUAGACGCGUUGCAUUUUUUGGACAUCAAGAGAGCGGAGCUGCCACAGAAGACACACGACUGCGACGACGACAACGACGGCGAUCGAGGCGACCGAAGCGAGCAACCAAAACAGAGGCCAAAAUGUGCAGCUCAACAAAAAUGGUUUACAGUUAUAGAAUUUUAUGGCUUUCCGGCGUUUUACUAGCUCACCUGUUGCUGGUGGCGAUUAGAGCGCAGGAGCCAGCCAGUCCAGUAUUUCAGAAUCACAAGACGAAGGAAUGGACGAAUUUAGAUAAUAUAACAUUUUCAUUCGAUUGCAAGCGGCGUUCGGUGGGCUUCUAUGCGGACAUGGAGUACAAUUGCCAGAUAUUCCACAUGUGCGAUGAGGAGGGCAAUCGAAUACCGCAUUUGUGCGCGAAUGAGACGAGCUUUAAUCAGGAAUACAGAAUAUGUGAUUGGGAUUACAAUUUUAACUGCACAGAGUCGCCGAAAUGGUUCUAUCUGAAUGAGUUAACUUAUGCCACGGAUCCGCCAGAUGAAGAUGAUGAGGACUACUAAAUGCAAUUAACUAAAUAUUUAUUGUCUUUGGGGAGCAAAAACAAAUUAAAUUAACUGUGUAAACUGAAGAAAACAUAUGAGAAAAUGAAAUGAUAAAAAAAACGCAAAAAGCCCUAAAUGGAGAGUAAAUUUCCAUGAAAAUGUUAACUAAUUUAAGAAAAUUUGUUGACAAUUUUUGUUGAGUUUCGUUUUAUUGUACAAUUGUAUAUGUAGUCUAAUUUUGAGUAUUGUGUAUUGAAUGAGAGUCGUGUAAAUAAUGUAAAUAGAAGGCCACUAACUAAUAACAACAACAAUAACUGCAGCAGCAUGAGUAACAAAACAUGAACUACAACAAUUCGAGGCCGUCGUCAGAUUACUGUAUAAUUUACAAAUAAUUUUCUUUUGUUUGUAAGCACAACAAGAACAACAAAAUAAAUCGAAACCAUGGAUUGUACAA